AUGCUGAAUCUGGGUCCAUUUUCUGAGUUUUUGUCCCUUCAACAGCUGCUUGCUCUCAACCCAUACUUCAACCCUCUAGAGGCCCUACAACUCCUUACUCCGGUACAGGAUGCAGAGCUGGUGUUGACUUUUCCUACUUCUGUAGAGAAAUCCGUCGUCAUAAAUAUGGUUUUUGAUUACCUGACUAAGUCUCCUGAUGAGACGGACUUUCGCUUGUUCCUUCGCUACCUUGUCUAUUACCAUUUCCAGGGAAAAAUACCCUGUUCAUCAUACAAACUACUGUUUGCCAGAAUGGACUUGGCCAUUCCUACAGUUUCUCUUGCUGCAGCUUCAGACAUCGCGAUCACCAAGAUGCAGUUAUCCUUGUACACACCACCAAGUUGUCUCAUAUACACUUCAGAGUGCAAUGUUACCAUGACAAACGAAACAGACAUUUGUGUUGGAGUGAACAGCACAGUGCUGCAGCUCCACCUCAGCGGAGGGAUGACCAAACGUGUCUGUGACUUUGCUGUUGAGGAAUUUGCCUGUACCUCACUGUCAACGCUGCAAGCAGCAGAUCUGGCAGCGGUGUUGGCAUGUAAUCGCUCCUCCAACUCCAGCGGCUCGAGACCAGCCUGGAAGCUUCUCCUCUCCAAAGCCUCAAAUGUGCUGGAUGCAGCUCUGGAUCUUCUAACCAACACGACUCUGGACCCCAGUAAUCCUGCAGUUUCAGUGAUUUUAGACUCUAUACGAGAAAUCCGAUUGGACACAUUCAGCACGGCCAGCCUCAACGAUCCCGCCUUCAUCCAGCUGUGGUUCAAUCAGCGGCUUCGCCCAUUCCUGCUCGCUGUUUCCCCCGAUUUCCUCUCAUGUCUCAGCACGAAGGGGUUGGACUGCAGCACCUAUCAGCACAUCGUGCAGAUUUUGAGCAGCGUCCAGCCGCGGAUGACACUCACCAGGCAGAUUUCUGUCUACACACACUUCAUCAAGGCUUACCUGACCUCGAAUAACACAAUAGAAGUUCAAAAUUAA